AUGAGUGCAACUGGCACGAGAGUAGAGGACUCUGGGAAGUCGCUUCAUGAGUGGACCAUAGAGUGUCGAGAGAAUGGCUACCUUCUCUCUGGCAAGAAGAUUGGGACAGGUGCUUUCUCCAAGGUCUACCUGGGGUACGCUACCCCAAAUAAGAUCAGCAAGAACUACAAGCUGGCCAAUGACCUGAGGAGCAAGAUCCACAACAUGGUAAAGUACAGUUUUUCUGCCACAUCUUUACCAUGGUAAAUCAUUUUAAAAGAAUUUCUCAACUUCAUUUAAUGAGCAUAACAUGUAGAUACUUACUUAUUAGUUUUUUUUAUAGCCAGACCUUAUAUUUGCUGGACAUAUUUUAAAACAAUAGUAUCUAGCUAAGACUAGCACUGAAGUGACACUUUAAUAACCUUGUUGUAUUUUUUGUGAAUUGUGUGGAUGAGGACGUUCACCCCUACAACCAUAAAUUGUUCAGGUGGCCAUCAAAAUCAUCUCUAUCAAUGAGGCUCCCCCAGAAUACUCCAAGAAAUUCCUACACAGAGAGAUAUAUGCUCUGAACGCCACGUACAGACACCCAGGGGUGGUGAGGGUUGUUAGGGUACAAACACCAAACACUUGAGUUCAGAUUGAUAUAGGCUAAACAUAUAGGGCUAGUUUCCCAGACACAGACUAAGACUAGUCCUAGAAUAAAAAGCACCUCUGUUGAACAUGCCCUUUAGUCCAGGAAUAGGCCUAAUCUGGGUCUGGGAAACUGGCCCUUAGACACCUAAAUGGUUUUGCAGGAAAGGUUUGAUGUGAUGUGAUGUCAAGCAUGCACCUGCAUCCAGAGUCACUGGAUGCGUGUACCAUAGAAAUAGAAUCAUUAGGUAAAUAGAUUAUAUUUAUGUGGUGUACACUCUACUUUUGAAACAGGUCCAGCUGUAUGACAUGUUCCGUUCACUGAAGCGGUUCUAUCUGAUUCUGGAGCUGGCUCUGAGCGGAGACCUUCUAGAACACAUCAACGCCGUGUCCCAUAGCAAGGGCAGCCCGGGCCUCAGUGAAGAGGAGGCUCGCAGGCUCUUCAAACAGAUAGUCAACGCCGUCAUGCACUGUCACAACAACCACAUAGUACACAGGUAACACCUCACUGUCUGCCAUAACAACCACAAAGAACACAGGUAACACCUCACUGUCUGCCAUAACAACCACAUAGAACACAAGUAACACCUCACUGCCAUAACAACCACAUAGUAAACAGGUAACACCUCACUGCCAUAACAACCACAUAGUACACAGGUAACACCUCACUGCCAUAACCACAUAGUAAACGGGUAACACCUCACUGCCAUAACAACCACAUAGUACACAGGUAACACCUCACUGCCAUAACCACAUAGUAAACAGGUAACACCUCACUGCCAUAACAACCACAUAGUACACAGGUAACACCUCACUGCCAUAACCACAUAGUAAAUGGGUAACACCUCACUGCCAUAACAAUCACAUAGUAAACAGGUAACACCUCACUGCCAUAACAACCACAUAGUACACAGGUAACACCUCACUGCCAUAACCACAUAGUAAACAGGUAACACCUCACUGCCAUAACAACCACAUAGUAAACAGGUAACACCUCACUGUCUGCCAUAACAACCACAUAGUACACAGGUAACACCUCACUGCCAUAACAACCACAUAGUAAACAGGUACCACCUCACUGCCAUAACAACCACAUAGUAAACAGGUAACACCUCACUGCCAUAACAACCACAUAGAACACAGGUAACUCCCCACUGUCUGCCAUAACAACCACAUAGUACACAGGUAACACCUCACUGCUGUUGCUGCAACCAUCUGAUUCUAUAUCUGCAACAAUCACAGGUAAUGUUGAGUAAAACCACAACAACCACAUAGUGCAUGACUGCUACAACAAUCACAUAUUGUAGUUUACAGGUAAUACCACAGCAACCAAACACAGGUAAUCAAGCACUGCUGCUGCCUGCCACACCCACAUUAGUCACAGGUAAUGUCAAUAUUUCUUGCAGUCACCAUGACAAUGUCCUUUUCCUUUUCAGAGACCUGAAAUGUGAAAACAUACUAUUGGACAAGCAAGGAUUUGUGAAAUUGACUGGUAAAAUAACUAUGCACUCCGAUAACCACCUCAGCAGACAGGUUUUUUUAUCCCAGCCUAUGGUAAACCAUGUGCAUCGCUGACUCUGUGUGUACUCUAUGGUGUUUGUGUGCUGUGCCUGGCAGACUUUGGCUUUGCCAACCACUACACAGACAGGAGUGUUCUGAUGAACACCUUCUGUGGAUCCGUGGCCUACACUGCCCCAGAGAUCCUACUGUCUCGCAAAUACAAUGGAGAACAAGCUGACCUGUGGAGCCUGUGAGUCAUCAGACAGCGAUUCCAUCCAAAAUGGCACCCUAUUCCCUAUUUAGUGCUCUACUUUUGACCAUGGGCCCUGGUAUAAAAUAGUGCACUAUAUGGAAUAGGGGGUAAUCUAGGACACAACAUCAACACGUCUCACACUUCAUUAAAUAGCUAUGAGAGUAUCAUUCCGCAACUUCUACAGAACAACUUUUCUCAUUAGUCCCAGUGCACCUGCAUACUAGUUGCUUACUGUAUAUAUUGACAGUCCUGUUAUUACAUUUACAUUUUAGUCAUUUAGCAGACGCUCUUAUCCAGAGCGACUUACAGUUAGUGAGUGCAUACAUUUUCAUACUGGCCCCCCGUGGGAAACGAACCCACGGGGGGGUUAUCAAUAAAUAACACUGUCAAGGGGGCAUCACAUUUACACAACUGUGUUUUCUGGCUUCUGCUUACUGGAAGUUAGUUGGCCAUGUCUUUUCUCUCCAUGUCCAGAGGGGUGAUUCUGUAUGCCAUGAUCACAGGGAAGCUGCCCUACCAUGAGAAGCACCCCCCGCAAACUGGUCCAACUCAUCAAGAAAGAGCUGCCGUUCCACCACCCAGUUUCUUCAGGUAUUCUGCCAGAAAUCAACAGGGGCCAUAGUCAUAAAGCAUCUCAGAGUAGGAGUGUUGAUCUAGGAUCAGGUCCCCAGUGUCUAUGUAAUCUUAUUCAUUAAAGAUUUAGAAAGCAAAACUGAUCCUAGAACAGCACUCCCACUUUGAGAUGCUUUGUGGAUACGGGCCAUGGUCUGUAAAAUGUGUAUAUACACUUCUCUCUCCAUCUCAACACUAUGUUUGCCUUGGAAAGAAAGCGUACCCAAACGCAUUUCAGCCCAGCUAAAAAAAAAAAAGAUGCCUUCAUCAAUUACUGAAAUGAGCAUCUGUAUGAUUAUUAUAGAACGGUGGUGAUGCAAAGUGGAUUUUUAUUUUUGUUGGAUGUGGGCCCGGUCUUUACUUGUUGACAUGUAAAUUAAUUUAAAGUCAAUAAAAAUAAUUUUCACAUAAAAAGCUCCAGUCCUAAUGUUCCCUGGCUGUCUGUGCCCCUCCAGGCUGCCAGGACCUGACUAAGAAGCUGUUAGAGUGGCAGCCCACCGCCCGCCUGCCCCUGGACCAGGUUAACAAACACCAGUGGUUGAUGCCCUCCAUGACUGGCCUGCUCUACAAGCUCCGUGCCACCAAGAGCGACAUCGCCCAUAAGAACAAAGCCUUGGACAAGAAGCUUAAAGACCGGUGAUAUGUUCCCUCUGUCACUCCAUAAAUGGCACCCUAUUUUCUAUAUAGUGCAUUACUUCCCUAUUGCCUCUGGUCAAAGGUAGUGCACUAUAUAGGGAAUAGGGUGCCAUUUGGAAUAGACUCUUGGUCUUAGUCUGGUUCUUUCAAGCAAGUUAACAGCAUAAUUUUUUAGAUGGCAUUACAUUUUUGUAAAGAACUGUUAUACAUCAUGUAAGGUGGAUAUCUAGAAGUACAGUGGGGAAAAAAAGUAUUUAGUCAGCCACCAAUUGUGCAAGUUCUCCCACUUAAAAAGAUGAGAGAGGCCUGUAAUUUUCAUCAUAGGUACACGUCAACUAUGACAGACAAAAUGAGGAAAAAAAAUCCAGAAAAUCACAUUGUAGGAUUUUUUAUGAAUUUAUUUGCAAAUUAUGGUGGAAAAUAAGUAUUUGGUCAAUAACAAAAGUUUCUUAAUACUUUGUUAUAUACCCUUUGUUGGCAAUGACAGAGGUCAAACGUUUUCUGUAAGUCUUCACAAGGUUUUCACACACUGUUGCUGGUAUUUUGGCCCAUUCCUCCAUGCAGAUCUCCUCUAGAGCAGUGAUGUUUUGGGGCUGUCGCUGGGCAACACGGACUUUCAACUCCCUCCAAAGAUUUUCUAUCGGGUUGAGAUCUGGAGACUGGCUAGGCCACUCCAGGACCUUGAAAUGCUUCUUACGAAGCCACUCCUUCGUUGCCCGGGCGGUGUGUUUGGGAUCAUUGUCAUGCUGAAAGACCCAGCCACGUUUCAUCUUCAAUGCCCUUGCUGAUGGAAGGAGGUUUUCACUCAAAAUCUCACGAUACAUGGCCCCAUUCAUUCUUUCCUUUACACGGAUCAGUCGUCCUGGUCCCUUUGCAGAAAAACAGCCCCAAAGCAUGAUGUUUCCACCCCCAUGCUUCACAGUAGGUAUGGUGUUCUUUGGAUGCAACUCAGCAUUCUCUGUCCUCCAAACACGACGAGUUGAGUUUUUACCAAAAAGUUCUAUUUUGGUUUCAUCUGACCAUAUGACAUUCUCCCAAUCCUCUUCUGGAUCAUCCAAAUGCACUCUAGCAAACUUCAGACGGGCCUGGACAUGUACUGGCUUAAGCAGGGGGACAUGUCUGGCACUGCAGGAUUUGAGUCCCUGGCGGCGUAGUGUGUUACUGAUGGUAGGCUUUGUGUACUUUGGUCCCAGCUCUCUGCAGGUCAUUCACUAGGUCCCCCCGUGUGGUUCUGGGAUUUUUGUUCACCGUUCUUGUGAUCAUUUUGACCCCACGGGGUGAGAUCUUGCAUGGAGCCCCAGAUUGAGGGAGAUUAUCAGUGGUCUUGUAUGUCUUCCAUUUCCCAAUAAUUGCUCCCACAGUUGAUUUCUUCAAACCAAGCUGCUUACCUAUUGCAGAUUCAGUCUUCCCAGCCUGGUGCAGGUCUACAAUUUUGUUUCUGGUGUCCUUUGACAGCUCUUUGGUCUUGGCCAUAGUGGAUUUUGGAGUGUGACUGUUUGAGGUUGUGGACAGGUGUCUUUUAUACUGAUAACAAGUUCAAACAGGUGCCAUUAAUACAGGUAACGAGUGGAGGACAGAGGAGCCUCUUAAAGAAGAAGUUACAGGUCUGUGAGAGCCAGAAAUCUUGCUUGUUUGUAGGUGACCAAAUACUUAUUUUCCACCAUAAUUUGCAAAUAAAUUCAUUAAAAAUCCUACAAUGUGAUUUUCUGGAUUUUUUUUUUUUCUUCUCAUUUUGUCUGUCAUAGUUGACGUGUACCUAUGAUGAAAAUUACAGGCCUCUCUCAUCUUUUUAAGUGGGAGAACUUGCACAAUUGGUGGCUGACUAAAUACUUUUUUUCCCCACUGUAUGUGAAAUACUACUACUGCUGUCCUUUGUCUAUAUAAACCAGCUUCAGCAGGUAGCCUAGCAGUUAAGAGCAUGGGCCAGUAACCGAAAGGUCGCUGGUAUGAAUGCCCGAGCCGACUAGGAGAAAAAUCUGUCGUUGUGCUCUUGAGCAAGGCACUUAACCCUAAUUGCUCAUGUAAGUCGCUCUGGAUAAGAGUCUUCGAAAUGAGGGCUUCCCAAACUCGGUCCUGGGGCCCCCCAUAGGUGCACGUUUUGGUCAAAUAACCAACUCAUCAUCAUCAGCAUGCUUUGAUUAUUUGAAUCAGCUGUGUAGUGCUAGCGCAAAAAAUGUGAACGGGGGCCCAUGACAGGGUUUGGGAAACCCUGUUCUAAAUAACUAAAAUGUUAAACGUUAUAAACUCAUUCUACCUGGCAUGUUGAAAUACAGAGCCGACUGGAUGUGUAACAGGCCCCUCCUGCCACUCGGGCCCUGGUAACCCCACCCAUUCAUCCUUCAGCCACACCAGCCUGCCUGAGAGGCCCCACCGAACUGUAGUGGCCACCCACUACCGCCCCGGGGCCAGCAGCGCAGGCUGCCAUCGCCGUGAACCGCCACAGGAGAAGAGAGAGGAGCCGCCCUGCCCCAAGCCCCCCUUGGUGUCCCCCUGUCGGCUCCUGAUGAGACCCACCCAAAGCCAGAGCACCAACCGUCUCUUCGUGACCCGGCCCCGGCUGCCCUUUGCCCCAAAGCCCUUCCAUAACCUCCCCAACUUCCGGAAGCCUGGCUCGGCCAACAGGCAGCUGCAUAGCCCCUCAGGCAAGCUGACAGCAGCAGCACCCCCAAGCACCUUCUGA